AUGUCUGAAGCUCCAAAGAAAUCGUUUAUCAUUACAUUGAAGGACAGUGUCUCCGAAGGUGGAGUUACCAAGUUUAAGGAAACCGUCAAAUCACUUGGUGGAGAGAUCAAGCACGAGUACUCCCUGAUUAAGGGCUUCUCAGUGAAAUUGCCAGCCAUCCACGCCUCCGGUCUGUCCAAGCACGACGAUGUCGCUACUGUUGAAGAGGACCAAGAGGUUAAGAUCAACUCUUGA